GCAUUUUAGUUUGCUAUAAUAAAAUCAAAUGCAAAGUAGAUUGGACUCUCCUUACGUUAUGUAAAUAUUUGAGUUUGAAAAUAUGAUUAAACAACUAAUAUUUUUUUCAUAUUUUGUGAUAUUGUUAAAUUGUUUUUAUUUUAUUAAAACAGAAGAAUGUGAAAUAAAGGAUGAAGAUGGUAAACCCAUUCCAUGGGGUUCUUAUAAAUUAAAAGCAAUAAAUGACACUGAUUAUGGCGUAGUAGCUACGUUUGAUACUACAAAUAUAGACCGUAUAGAUCAAAUAAAUAGUGAUUACUUAGAUGCAACUUUUGAUAAGGCACAACAGAUGCUCAGCAUAAAAACAACAGAUGCGUAUAAAAAUUAUGAAGAGACUAACAUUUACGAUACAAUUACUAUUAGCAUAAAUUUCUUAUGCACUGGUUCCAUUGAAAAGAAAAACAUUCGUUUUAUGCAAACACUUAUAGAUGUAAAUACACAUUCCCCAAAAUUUCCAAAAGAGAUAUAUGAAUAUAAACUACCAAUGCCAUGGCCAAAAUCAUUAGACAUCACCCUAUUAGAACAAAUAGUUGUGAAAGACAUCGAUUUUAGCAAUCGUAAUAUUAAAUUUGAGAUUGAUGAAAAUGAAUACGUGGAAAUAGUAGAAAAUCCAUCUAUUGACAACGCAUAUAAACAAUAUCCAGCAACAUUACGACCAAAACGAUCUUUGAAUUUAGUAGAUGACUUAACUUUGAAAAUUUAUGCGACGGAUAAUAAAGAUAUAUAUGGUCAACAACAUCAUGAAGAAGCCACAGUUAAAAUUUUAAUUGAUGAAGAAGGAAGCGUACCAUCAGCUCCAAGAUUUGAAAAACUUUUAUAUGAAGGAAAAUACCAUAAGACCGAUACCAUAGAAUUGGAAGAAAUAAGUAUUGAAAAAGAAACGUACACGGAAUCCAUUCAAAUUGAUAUUAUUGGAAAAUACAGCGAAAAUUUUAAAAUCAAACACGUCAAAGAUAAUUUUUAUGAACUGGAGGUCAAAGACAACCUUCCAUCUAUCGUAUGGGAAACAGAAACAUAUAUUUCACUAGAACUUCAAAUAAAAAACGAGCUCACAGGGUCCUCGGUGAUUUUAACAUUGGAUGCUGAAAAAUCACUGGUUCCAAUCUUUGAAAAGCGUUUAUAUGAAGGAAUAUACCUAGAUACAGAUCAGAUUGACAUGGAAAAUAUAGUUAUUGUUAAAGACACGUACGUGGAAUCUGUGGAUAUUGAAAUAAAUGGCAAAUACAGUGAGAAUUUUAAUGUAAUGCACAUUAAAGACAAUACUUAUCAAUUAGAGGUGAUAAAACCGCUUCCAUCUACCAUAUGGGAACUAGAAAAAUAUGUUUCUCUUGCAUUGGAAAUUAAAGGAGAAGAUACAGGAACCGCAAUAGUUUUAACAUCAGAUGUUGAAAAUUCACCAAAACCGAGAUUUGAAAAACAUACAUAUGAAGGAAAAUAUCUUGAUAAUGAUCAAAUCGAUUUGGAAGAUUUAGUUAUUGUUGAAGAAACAUACGUGGAAUCUAUAAAUAUUGAAGUCAAUGGCAAGUAUAGCAAAAAUUUUCGAGUUACGCACGUCAAAGACAACAAAUUUCAAUUAGAAGUCGAAGAACCACUUCCAUCUGCCGUUCUGGAAUCAGAAACGUAUGUGUCAUUGAUAUUAGAAAUUCAAGGUGGACUUACAGCAACCACUGUAGUUUUAGAAAUAGAAAACAAAGAAAUGCAACCUAUUCCAAGAUUUGAAAAGCUUGUUUACGAAGGAAAAUAUAAUGAUGAUGACAAAAUCGAUUUGGAAGAUUUGAUUAUUGUUAAAGAAACAUAUGCGGAAUCCAUAGACAUCGGUAUCAGUGGCAAAUACAGUGAGAAUUUUAAUGUAAUGCAAAUUAAAGACAAUACUUAUCAAUUAGAGGUGAUAAAACCGCUUCCAUCUACCAUAUGGGAACUAGAAAAAUAUGUUUCCCUUGCAUUGGAAAUUAAAGGAGAAGAUACAGGAACCGCAAUAGUUUUAACAUCAGAUGUUGAAAAUUCACCAAAACCGAGAUUUGAAAAACAUACAUAUGAAGGAAAAUAUCUUGAUAAUGAUCAAAUCGAUUUGGAAGAUUUAGUUAUUGUUGAAGAAACAUACGUGGAAUCUAUAAAUAUUGAAGUCAAUGGCAAGUAUAGCAAAAAUUUUCGAGUUACGCACGUCAAAGACAACAAAUUUCAAUUAAAAGUCGAAGAACCACUUCCAUCUGCCGUUCUGGAAUCAGAAACGUAUGUGUCAUUGAUAUUAGAAAUUCAAGGUGGACUUACAGCAACCACUGUAGUUUUAGAAAUAGAAAACAAAGAAAUGCAACCUAUUCCAAGAUUCGAAAAGCUUGUUUACGAAGGAAAAUAUGAUGAUGAUGACAAACUCGAUUUGGAAGAUUUGAUUAUUGUUAAAGAAACAUAUGCGGAAUCCAUAGACAUCGGUAUCAGUGGCAAGUACAGUGAAAAUUUUCGAGUUAUGCACGUCAAAGACAACAAAUAUCAAUUAGAAGUCGAAAAACCACUUUCAUCUGCCGUUUUGGAAUCAGAAAAUUAUGUGUCACUAAUAUUAGAAAUUGAAGGAGAAUUUACAGGAACCGCUGUAGUUUUAACAAUAGAAAGCAGUAAGGCCGAUACACCAAUCCCAAGAUUUGAAAAACUUGUUUACGAAGGAAAAUAUUAUGAUGAUGAAAAACUCGAUUUGGAAGACUUGGUUAUUGUAAAAGAAACAUACGUGGAAUCCAUAGACAUCGGUAUCAGUGGCAAGUAUAGUGAAAAUUUUCGAGUUCAACAUGUCACAGACAACCAAUAUCGAUUAGAGAUAACGAAACCUCUCCAAUCUACUGUAUGGGAAUUAGAAAAAUAUGUAUCACUGACUUUGGAAAUUAAAGAAAAAAACACAGGAACUACAAUAGUUUUAACUUCAGGAGUAAAGAAAUUUGAAAAACUUGUUUACCAAGGAAAAUACUAUGAUAAUGACAAAAUGGAUUUGGAAGAUUUAAUUCUUGACGAAGAAACAUUAACAGAACCGAUGGAUAUUGAUCUAACUGGCAAGUACAGUGAAAAUUUUAUUGUAAAACAACUUGAAAAUAAUAAAUAUCAGUUAAAGAUAGAGAAACCACUUCCGACUUCAGUAUGGGAUUCGGAAGAAUACAUUUCAUUGAAAUUGAAUAUAAAAGAGGUCUACACAGGAACCACAGUAGCUCUUACAUUAGAAAAGAUCAAUAUUUCUGAAGAUUGUAAAUUACCAUUAUCAUUCUUGGAACCUCUAGAAAUAUUUGUAAUAAUUUCAACUAAUUUCUAUGGUGAAAUAUCAAGUAAAAGAGCAGUUGAUUUUCCAAAAUCCAAAAUUGAAUAUUCCGCGGAGAAUAAACCAGAGUUUGUAGAGAUUGAUAAAGCUACUGGAGAUGUUACAAUUAAAAAAGAUGUGGAUAUUCAACAAGGUACCUACGAAUUUAAGAUAAUUGCUGAAAAUAUACUCAAAGAGAAAGAUACUUACAAGAUAACACUUUGGGUGCGUCACGAAUCGAUUACAUCUAAAAAUGCAUUGUCUGUUAAAACAAUUCCAGAAAACGAACAGAAAAAAGAUUUCAUUGAACUAGAUACUAUUGAUAAAAAACAAAACUGCAAAUUCGAAAUAAAAAAUACCGAGCCAAAAGGAGAUUGGUUUGUAGUUAAUGAAAAAUCAGGCAACAUUGACGUAAAAGCUAUUAAUCGUACCGAUAAAUUAUUUGUUGACAUGUAUUUAAAAGAGGUACAAGUUCAUUUGACGCUAAAUGUAGACUGUCGUAACGAAGACGCUGAAAUCAAAUUUAUAGAAUUAUUUAAUAGCUCGGUGUACGGUAAAAGUGUUAAUGCACAAAUUUUUAUAUUAAAUAAUGAGUUGAAAAAUCAACAAAAUAUAUUGAGUUUUAAUUAUUCAAAACGAGAAGAUAAAGAGGAUCCUAAAUAUCAGUGGAUCUAUACAAAUGAAAUAUCACAUGAAACUGAGCAAAUGAUUGUGAACGUUCGUGUCGAUAAUACAGAAAAUCAUCCACCAUCAUUUGUUGAUGUUUCACCAUUACAUAUUGGAUAUCCGAGUAUGGAAUUAAUAGAAGUUAUUCAUCCUCAAUUUGUUUAUCAAGUUCAUGCAAUCGAUGAAGAUAUUGGAUUGAAUGGCACAAUUAGUUAUAAAUUUGAAUCGAAAUCCGAAAGUUCAUAUUUUAUUAUUCAUAAAAAUACAGGAGUCAUUUAUCCUAGUAAAAAAUUAUCAACUUCGAUAGAUUCGACAAAAAUCGAUUUAGAAGUUUUUGCCGAGGAUCGAGACGGCGACGGACUAUCUUCUAAAUCACUGUCAAUCACGGUUCAUAUAUUAGAUAUGAAGCAAAUAUCAGUUAUGAAAAUAGAAAAAGGACUUAUUGAAAAUUUAUCCGAUAUAUUGGAGAAAAUAAGUGAAAAAACCGAAUGGUCAGUUCAACAACUAACUUCAGCCGUUAUACCAGAGGCAACGGAACACGAUGUAUCACGUUUUUUUGCGAAAUUAGCACAUAGGGUUACUAGAUUUUUAGCUGAUGAUAAUCUCGACACAUUAUUAACAGUUUAUACGUAUGCUUUUGAUAACGAUUAUAAUAUAAUAAGUGCAGACGAUUUCGUUGAAAAAUUAAAAAAUAUUGAUUUUGAAGGUGUUGAUUGGACUGUAGAUAGUGUAGAACCACAUUCAAAUAAUAUUACUUCUGUUAUUAUUAAAGAGGAACAAUCAAAAGGUCUUUUAGUUGCAGUAAUUAUUGUGUCCAUUGCAUUCGUAUGCUAUGUAGUUGGAUCAAUAUUUUAUUUCACAAGUCGUAACAGAAAAAAUCACAAUCCAGUCUACACAACUAAACCCUCGGAUCAAGUGGAACAUGAUUCAAGUAAUGUAAUUCCUCGUUUAUCAAUGAUUAUUAACGACAAUUUGAUUGGAUCAUCCAAUUCCGAUGGCGAUGAAUCAACACGCAAUACAUUACGAGUGAUUAAUACUUUACGAGAACGUAAAAAAUCAAAUGUUACAUUCAAUGAUGAAGUUGAACAAAUUGAGAUAAAAGAUCCCGAAACGCACCAGUCAAAUUCAUUGCAUUGAAAUCUAUCUGUAGUUAUGUGAACAGCCUGUAUAAAUAAUGACAAUUUAAUAAUUUGUAACGAUAUUAU